AUGAAAGAACCCCGGAUUUUCCCUAGAGAGCGGCCAACUCCUUGGACUCGUGCUCCCCUGCCACCUCGAGGACGGCUCGACAGUUCCCUGGGACCACAGGGGGGUCCUGGUCUGAACACUGGCCACCCACUGGGCAUGAACUCGGAUCCCUUCCUUAUGGCAGCCGGUUCCCUUGGUGGAAAUCUGGCCCCGUUUCCACGGAACCCAUCUGCUUUUCCAAGUUCAUCAAGCGCGCUAGCUUCAAAUUCAGCACCUUUCUCUGCUGGGGCUCGAGACCCAGGCAUGGCUGCUUUUCCCAGAGGAAUGCAUUCUGCCGGCACAGGCGCGGCGUCUUUCUCACGGCCAGGUGGCCUCCUGGGUCCCGGCCCAGGGUCGGCGCUGAAUCCUAGAGCCGGGGCUCUUCAAGGCCCAGGACCUAUGUCUAAUCAGAGACUAGGGGGGCUGUCAGGGCCAGGGCCUAUGUCUAACCCGAGAUCAGGUGGUCUUCUGGGUGCUGGGCCCGACCCUAGAAGUGGGGGUCCCAUGGGCCCCGGAUCAGGACCCAACUUGAGAUCCGGUGGCAUGUUGAGUUCUGGGAAUGGCCCUCCCAAUGCUCGGCCUGUUGGUCUGGGUCCUGGACCAAAUCCUAAUAUGAGAUCAGGCUUUGGUGGUACAAAUCCUGCCCCAAGGUCAGGUAUGUUUCCAGGCCCAGGUCUUGGACCCAGCCCCAGGGGAGCAGGUGGCUUGGGCCCAGGCCUUGGGCCCAACCCCAGGGGAGGUGGCCUGGGUCCAGGCCCUAACCUGGACAACAGAGCGGGUGGCCUCUUGGGCACAGGGUCUGGUCUCAACUUGAGAAUGACUGGCCCUCAAGGCCUGGAUCUCGCCCCAAUUCUGAGAGCAGCAGGUCUUUUAGGAGCAAAUUCGGCUUCUUUCUCACAGGCUUCUGGAAACAUGGGCACAAACCCGUCCUCCAUGGCAAGAGUACCGGGUCCCAUAGGCCCAAACUCUGGGCCUGGCUCUCGGGGAAUGGGCCUCUCGGGGCCAAAUCCAUCUCCCAUGUCAAGGGCUCCUGGCCCCAUGGCUCCUAACUCAGCUCAUUUCUCCCGGCCAGCUGGCCCGAUGGGAAUAAAUGCGAAUCCUUUUCCAAGAGGGACAGGUCCAGGGGGACUGAACCCAGGCACCUUCUCUCAGUCUUCUGGAACAUUGGCUUCAAACCCAGCUACUUUCCAAAGGUCUACUGGCCUCCAGGGCUCCGGUUCAGCAAUGUUCCCAAGAGCUUCUGGGCCAGUAGGCCCCAGUCCAGCCAAUUUCACAAGGGCCACUGGCUUACAAGGUCCAAGUCCAGCUACCUUCCCAAGGUCUAGUGGCCCGCUAGGCCCUGGUCAAGUUACUUUUCCCAGGUCAGCUCCUGGGCCCCUGGGCUCUACUGCAGGCCCGAUGGGUAUGAACCCUUCUCCUUUUGCAAGACCAACUGGGUCCAUGGGUCUCAACCAGACUUCCUUCCCAAGGAUGAAUGGCCCUGUAGGGAAGACUAUGGUCCCGUUUCCUAGAGUGGGGGGCCUCCCUGGCACAAACCCAGCUGCGUUCUCCAGACCAGGGGGUGCAAUGUCUGCAAUGUACCCAAAUGGAAUGUUACCCCCUUAAACAGCAUUUCCUCUCCAGGACCACCAUGUUUUCUAGGCACCGUGGUUCUGGGCAGGGACUGUUUUAGGUAAAGAAUAGAUUUGGAGCUACAGUCUGAAGUACAUAGCUGGGGUUCAGGUUCAGAUGAGCCAUCUUUUUCCUCUGCUUUCUUGACUCAAAGUGAAAUGUUAUUUGUGGGACAUGGACUAGGGCAAAGGAGCACGAUCCCGGCCUUGCAGGAAAGGCUCUCCGCCCUCUGAAAGCCUGCUGUGCUUUUGUCUCACAGCUUUCUGCCCCUUGUUUCUUACUGGUUUCUCGAAUUGUUCUCGUGGACUUUUCCUCAGGGAUACAUUGGCCUGCAGGUCCCAAUUCUUAGUAGUCCCUUGCUUACCACUGGAGAAUCAGCUUACUGCUUUCUAGAAAUGUCACAUCGGUAAAUGGACCAUGCUUCAGCAGCUUGGACCUGGUCAUCCUCCACUGCCAUACUUUCCCUGGGGGGCUUGAACACAGAACAGGGAGGUGGACUAACCCUUCAGAGGCCCGCCAUCUCUGCCUAGCACCCGGCUGGCUGGGCCUGCAGCUAUCUUCUCCUGGGACGUAAGAGGAGACCAGAACCAAGGCCCCACGGCUCAUCCAUCUUCCCCGCUGGUACUCCCAAUCAAAGAACCUCAAAGAUUGAAACUGACGUGGAUGGGAAAAUGGGGCUUGGGGUGGGGGC